ACUCUCCAGUGGAGGGGGCGGGGCUUGUGUCCCGGUACAGGAAGAUGCUCACAGCCGCCGCUGCUGGUGUAACGUUAGCAACGUAACUUACUACCAUUACGUGGUUACAGCCCCACGUCUUCACGCGCAGCCCUGACCCCCGUUCACCUGAGUGCUCACGGCAGCCACAGUCGGCAGCAUGGAGGAGGAGGCCCGCUCCUUCCUGGGGAGGUUUGCCGAGGAGUUCCCAGCCGCUCUGAAGGAAGGCGCUCCGCUACCUGUGAGCCCUCUGAGCCGCAGAGUCACCCUGGAGGAGCUGCAUGGGGAGAGCCUGGAGCUGGGGCGAAGGCUGCUGGCUGCCAGGGGGGCUCCUGCAGGCCUCAGUGCCCUCCUGUGCCAGGCAGCGCUGUCCCAGCUGCUGCAGAACGACCUCUCACCUUUCCACUGCGCCCGGGAACCUGGGCCCAACCAGGAGGAGGAGCAGGAAGUCGUGUUGCUGGAGUCCGAGGGCGUGCAGCGCGUCUUCCUCAACCAGCUGAUAGAAGUGACGCUGGCCUGGUCUCAGGACUUCCCCAAGCAUCCGCCGCCGCCCUCCCAGUUCCUCCACUGCUCCGUUCACAGCAUCAAGAACACGAGGAGGAAAAUGGAGGACAAACAUUUGGCCUUGGCUGAGUUCAACCAGCUGCUUGGAGUCCAGAGCCAAGACCAGUGUGCUUACUACGCUGUGUUCGAUGGCCACGGGGGCGUGGACGCUGCCACGUACGCCGCCACUCACCUCCACGUCGCUCUGAGCAAACAGGAGUCACUGCAGAGUGACGCAAGCUCCGCCCUCAAGAUGGCCUUCAAGCACACGGACGACAUGUUCAGGGGCAAAGCCAAGAGAGAGCGUCUGCGGAGCGGCACUACGGGAGUGGUGGUGCUGAUCCAGAGACAGCAGCUGUCGGUGGCCUGGCUGGGAGACUCUCAGGCAUUGCUGGUCAGAGGGGGACAAGCUGUGACCCUCAUGGACCCCCAUAAACCAGAUAGAGAGGAUGAGAAGCAGAGGGUUGAGGACCUCGGGGGCUGCAUCACCUUCAUGGGCUGCUGGCGGGUUAAUGGCACCUACGCCGUCUCCAGGGCGAUCGGGGACUUUGACCAGAAGCCCUACGUGUCUGGAGAUGCUGACUGCGUCACGACGCAGCUGUUAGGGGACGAGGACUACGUGCUGCUGGCAUGCGACGGCUUCUUCGACGCAGUCGAACCUUCAGAGGUCCCACAUCUGGUCCGGGAGGCACUCCGUCGGCCCGCUGACCCCGAGGACGUCGGAGACGCUCCGCUGGAGCAGUCGGAGGACGCGGCCGGACUGCGAGUCGCUCAGCAGUUGGUGUGUCACGCUAAAGAGGCGGGAUCCAGUGAUAACAUCACCGUGAUGCUGGUGUUCCUGCGCCCACUCAAGCAACUUGUGGGCCAGAACUCCACCACAGGAGCAACGCAACAGUGAGGGAGGAGCACUGCUGCUCCUCUGUGCUAAGCUACUGCUGACUCCCAAUGCUAACAAAACAUGCAAACACAGCGUCUACUCUUACUCGUCAUUUUGGUGGAAAACUGUUACUUCAACUGUAUCUUCUGAGCGGUUUGACAGAUGAUACAGGGACAAAUCUCGCCGCGCUGCCGGGGCAGAGGUGAGUUUGUUUAUGACCGUUUGUUUAGGAUAUGCACUAUCCGAGCAUCAUGUCAACCUGUGAAAUAUGAUUUGUUGUGAAUAUGAAACCACUUUAACAUCAGCACCCGGUUGCCUUAAAGAGGCAAGUGGAAAGUGUUUUUCUGCCUGAACGCAAUUUCAGCAAAUGUUGGUUGGUUAGAUCUCUGCCCUCCAUAGUUACCGUUGCCACGCCGGUGGAGCUUUCUGCUCUCACAGUAUUUCUAUAAGAGACCUGGACGAGGCCUCAUUCAGUCUCUAAGCUGCACACGCAAACCAGGUUGGACAAAUGUUCCGUGUCCAUCGGCCAAUAGAGCGAGUGGAGACCAGUGUCCCCUUUACCCCCCCAGCCUCAGCCCGGCUCGCUUACAGAGACAAAAAUAACCCUGCUUCACAACUUUGAAUGGAAUAAGAAACGACCGGCUCCUUUAAUUGUGGCUGCAUAACCCAAUAAGCCAAACAUAAGCUAACUCUUUGCCUUGAACCUCUGCUGUGUUAACACUCGAGGUCUGAAAACAGUUGUAUUUAAAUAUGCUAAUGAGCAACCGCAGCUCAGCGAAAGGUCACUAUACACCCGUAUGUUCUCUAUGCAUUAUCUGUAUUACAUUUCAAUAAAGAGUUUGAUUGCACCCAUUAA